GCGCUGGAACGAAGCAGAAGAGGCACCGACUCUGCCCCGCUGAGGCUGCCCCGUCCUUGAGAACUCUGCCAGCAUGGGGGCUGGCUUCCUGCGCAAGCUGCUCUUGGUCUGUUUCUCCUCCUUCCUCUUCCUGUUGGUUGUCAUCAUCCACCAGGACGCCCCUGGGACCCUGCAGCUGGGGCUCCUGGGCGCACUCCGGGGUGAGCCUGUCUCUGCAGAGCAGCUCCAGGGCAGCCCCACCUUCCAGUGGCGAGGCACAGAGGAGGAGAGAGCUGGGGACUCCAAGCCUGUGCCCGUGCCCAGCCGCCCGCCAGCGACCACCAGGCACCCGCUGCAGGUCGUCUACCCCUACAGCUACCGCUUCCUCCUGAACGAGCCGGACAAGUGCCGGGAGCGGGCGCCCUUCCUGGUGCUGCUGGUGGUGACGGAGCCCAAGGACAUCACGGUGAGGAACGCCAUCCGCCAGACCUGGGGCAAUGAGAGCGCCGUGCCCGGGGUCUCCAUGGUGCGGAUCUUCCUGACCGGGGUCCACCCGCGCUACGGCUCCCCGCUGCAGCAGCUGCUGGAGGAGGAGAGCGCCCUGCAUCGUGACAUCAUCCAGCAGGACUUCCUGGACACCUACAACAACCUGACCCUCAAGACGCUGAUGGGCAUGGAGUGGGUGAGCAGGCACUGCCCCAAUGCCAGCUACGUGAUGAAGGCCGACAGCGACGUCUUCCUCAACGUGGGCUUCCUCGUCCGGCAGCUGCUGCAGCCCCAGCUGCCGCCCAAGAAGGACUUCAUGACGGGGUACAUCUACAGGAACACGGGGCCGCUGCGGAGCAAGGCGUACAAAUGGUACGUGCCCCGGGAGGUGUACCCCAACGACACCUACCCCCCCUACUGCGGCGGCCCUGGCUACGUGCUCUCUGGAGACCUUGCCAAGAAGGUGUACGGGGCGGCCCAGACCCUCCGGGCCAUCAACAUGGAGGAUGCGUUCCUGGGGAUCUGUUUGUACAAACUGGGCAUCAGCGUGACCAACAGCCCCUGGGGCCUCUUCAAUGUCGUCUGGCUGGAGUACGAGAAGUGCCGGUUCUCCAAGCUGGUGCUGGUGCAUCACUACGGGCCCACGGCCCUCCUGAGGGUCUGGCCGGACUUCCAGGGCGGGAACAAGACCUGCCCCAGCUAGAGGGAUGGGGAAGGAGCCGGGACGUGUGCAGGAAUGCACGGGCAGGGACGCAGGCUUGCGCAUGGUGCCUUGCCCAGACUGACACCCCAGUGUGUGCACACACACGCCGCUGUGUACACCCCCCCAGUGUCAACACACACACACACACACACUGCGUACACCCCAAUGCACACACACACACCCGUGUAUAUACCCCCAAUGUACACACACACACACGCACACAUGCUACUGUGUACAC